AGAUGAUAAGGAUAGAUGCGCGGGAAACUCGAUGAUAAAGUCUUCGUGGUUGUAAACUUUUCUCUUCCUAUUUAAAAAUUUUUGUUUAUAUAGUUUUUCUUUCUUUCCUUUCGUGGCGCCGUUCGCUGCCAUGUCUAUGGCUGGAUCGCCUCUCCUUCCCCCUCACGGGAAAGUUAUCCUAAACCGGGUUGUAGGCCCGAGCGAGGAACAUGAAGAAAUCGACAAGAUGGCGCACGGUGUUAUGGCAGAGACACGGAGUGAUGAAGUCUUCUCUGGGUACCAGUGUCUGUCUCUAAAGCAGCCCAACGUCCACAGGCAUCCUGGAGAUAUAGUGGAAGCUGGUUGUCUGGCUGCCCAAAUGCUCCCUCCAGCCAAGUAUCCUCUCUUUGACGCAAUACCCCCACAGCUGACAACAAGCGGAAAACUAAGUGACCUUCAGUUGGAGGGGAUAUUGUUUGCCUGCCAGCGUCACCAGCAUAUUCUUCCAAAUGGUCAGAGGGCGGGAUUCUUUAUUGGUGAUGGAGCAGGGGUUGGUAAAGGAAGACAGAUAUCUGGCAUAAUCCUUGAUAACUUUGCGAGAGGCCGCUGUAAGCACAUUUGGUUUAGUAUCUCUUCUGACUUGAAGAUGGAUGCACAGAGAGAUCUACAUGACAUUGAUUGCUAUGUCAAAGUGAUUGAAGGCUGUCAACACCUGGACAAAGAGACAAAAGUGUUUGGUUUACCCCCUGGAUGCAAGGAAGGUGUCGUCUUUAGCACAUAUGCAACACUUGUUUCUUCUGUGCAAAAAGGCGGUAGUCGACAGACCAGGCUUCAGCAGCUGAUGGACUGGUGCGGAGGGGAGACGUUUGAUGGUUGCCUCAUCUUCGACGAGAGUCACAAAGCUAAGCAUUUUAUCCCAGGCAAGGAGGAAAAUAGCACAAAGAUUUCCCUUGCUGUCACUACUCUGCAAAGAAUGCUUCCCUUGGCCAGAGUGGUAUAUUGCAGUGCAACUGGUGUCACAGAUGUCAAGAACAUGGCGUUUAUGGAGCGACUCGGCCUGUGGGGGGAGGGGACAGCAUUUAAGUCAUUUGAGUCUUUUCUCGAAUCCAUUACCAAGCGGGGUCUAGGGGCUGCUGAGAUGUUGGCCAUGGAGAUGAAGGCAUCCGGAAUGUACGUCUCUCGAGGGCUCAGCUUUCGACAGGCCGAGUUUUCAAACGUUGAGUCUGCGCUUACAGACGAGCAAACCAAGGUGUAUGACACUGCGGUACAUGUUUGGAAGGAGAUUAAGACGUCCCUGGAGUACGCUCUUGCUCGCACCAACACCACCAACACCCGAAUCUGGUCAUUAUUCUGGUCAAGCCAUCAAAGAUUCUUUAAACAACUCUGUAUGAGCAUGAAAGUUCCCCUAAUCGUCAAGGAAGCCAAGGCCGCACUGAAUGAUGGGUACAGCGUGGUGAUUGGUCUUCAAACAACUGGAGAGGCGAGCUUGGAAAGUGAGUUGAACCGUAAUGGCGGCCGAAUCAACCGGUUCAUCUCUAUCUGCGAGGAAAUCAUGACACGCUUCAUUACUCAGUACUUUCCAGUCAAGAUACAAAGCACCUCGGGUGAGUCUAAGGAGGACACGUGGGCUGUUACCGCCAAGUCUCUACUGCUUGGAUUUGUCAAGAAAAUCAAUCUGCCAAUCAGUCCUCUCGAUGACUUAAUUGACAAGAUGGGUGGUCCUGAUUGCGUGGCGGAGAUGACGGGAAGGCGCGGUCGUGUCGUGCGCACUGCGCAAGACAGGGAGCCUCACUAUGAAGCCCGUGAGUCUGACAGCUCGCACGUGGAUAGCCUCAACAUCCAAGAGAGGAACAGUUUUAUGAGUGGUAGCAAACUCGUAGCUAUCAUCAGUGACGCUGCAAGUACUGGGAUAUCCCUCCAUGCCGACCUCAGAGCAGCCAAUCAGAGACGGCGUGUCCACGUGACCAUCGAGUUGCCAUGGAGCGCCGAUAAAGCCGUUCAGCAGCUAGGAAGAUCACAUCGCUCCAAUCAGAGCAGUGGCCCUAUCUACAAGCUGGUUACCACGAAUCUUGGAGGAGAGAGGAGGUUUGCGGCAGCUGUUGCUCGUAGACUACAAUCACUCGGUGCACUGACCAAAGGUGACCGCCGUGCGGCCACAGGUGCAGAUCUGACCAAGUUUAACUUUGAUACUUCGUAUGGGCGGUCAGCUUUACGCGCUAUGUACCAAGCAAUUAAUCUGAACCAGCUGCCAGGUGGAGUGAUGAUGGAGAAGAUCCUAAGAGGCACACAAAACGACAAGAGCUACGACUUCGUGCACUUCAAUGAGAUCAUGAAGGAGUGUCUUCUCUCUAUGGGUCUCACGGAGCCCGGGAGUUCAGUCGUCAAGGAGAAGGAAGCUGGUGACGUAUCGCGAUUCUUGAACAGAAUUCUGGGAUUGUCCGUGGAGAAGCAGAACCUGAUUUUCUCUUACUUCUCGGAGUGUUUGAACGCAACUAUCGAGACUGCCAAGCGAGAAGGAAAGUAUAAUGAAGGCGUUACAGAUUUGACAGCCUCAUCUAUCACGAUGGUCGGCCCGCCAUGCCCCGUCUUUACCGAAGUCAAAGGAAUCAUGCCAACACAGCACGUGACCUUGAGUGUUGACCGCGGUAUAGAGUGGCCAGCAGCAAUGAAGCGGUAUGAGAAUAGCGCUCAGGGCAAGCAUGACGGCUUCUACUGGUCCAAACGCGAACAGCGAUACCAACGUUUUUACCUCUUAGCCAUUCAGAAAGAGAACUCGACGCAUCUCUUCAACAUCAUCAGACCAAACACUGGGCAAUCGCCGUUUGAAGAAGAGAAGACUGACCUUUUGCACAAAUACACCAAGAUCAGCCCAGAUGAAGCAGAGAAAGGCUGGAAGAUGCAAUAUGAUAAGACAAGGGAUCACUGCUUCCAUGGACCAGGAUGUAAGACCGGCCCACUCUGCAGAGUUGGCUGCCGUAUCUCAAGGGUUCACUUGUUGUGUGGUGGUAUUGUGCCCAUCUUAUCCACGCUGGAAUGGGCCGUUUCAAGGCAUGCAGAGAAAGCUGGCCUCAGCCGGGAGGACCGCAUGUUACGGGUAAUCCGUGUAGAGUUGGACGAUGGUCAGCGGCUAGUAGGAUUACGUUACCCUGAGCAACUUAUCCCUGUGGUGACAGCAUUAUUAAAGGAGCAGCAGAAUUUGGAUCCACUGUUGGGAAUGCAGAGCGGGUUGCUUGGUCUAACACUCCCUCAGAGGGCAAGCACUAAAGUAGCAACAGAGGAGUCAGUAUCAAAUAUCAACAGCAGGACCCUGGCCAAAGCUAUCAACCCUCCAGUAACUAUUAAAAACUUCUUCCGACCAAAACUGUCCAUUGAGGAAAAUGCAGAUGCGAAAGGUACUGAUGAAAAUAUAGAACAAAAUAACAUCACCUCAGAUGGCGUUACAAGGUCUGAACCGCCCACUACUUCUUCAAGUCAUGCAUCGGCCGUAAGGGUGUCCCCUCCUAUGGUCAGCGCACCCACCAAGCCAGCACCCUCGGCUAGUAAGAGGGGAAGGCCACCUUUACCAGUCUCUAAGUCUAACAAAAGGACAGCUUCAAGCACCAUAGGCAGCAGGGCAAAGAAGUCAAAACAGUCUAGCAUUUUUUCAUCUAUGGGUAAGGGGGUAGGGCAAGGGAAAAAUGUCAUGAUAAAGGGGGGCGGGCAAGGGAAAAAUGUCAUGGUUAAGGGGGGAGGGCAAGGGAAUACGGUCUCAUUGAAAGGUGAAGCAGGCAAAGAAAUAUCUGCAGAUGAAGGAGUUGCUAAUAAGGAAGAUACGACCAUGGCUUGUCCAAUCUGUAACAAAGCUUUUGAAAAAGGGGUUGGUAACGCAAUUAUCAAUCAACACAUAGACAAUUGUUUGAUUGUUUAAUGUUGGUAAUAAAUGAAACAAUUACUGUAUUCUAAAAGGGGACAGAAAGCAUCAAAUAGUUAUAUUUUUAAUGUAAAAAUAAUAUAUUCUAUUAUAUUUAAUAACAAAACCAUGGACAUUCUGAUAUUUAUUUAUUUUUCUUAAAUGAUUGACAUUGUACUGCCAGCAUUAGAAUUUAUAUUAAUUGGAAAAUACAAUCAUGAUCAUAAUAUAAAUAAAAUGUUCCAUUAGUUUUAAGGAAACAUGUUGUAUAAUUGUAACCUUAGGAUAAAUUCAAACUACCUCUGCUAGAUACUGUGGCCAGUUCCACCAUAUAAUGGUGUUUUUUAUUUAGGAUAUUAGUUAGAAAUUAAUUGGUUUUAGCUGUAGAAGGUGUUUCAGCUUAUAAUAUAUAACACACUGAAUAAAACACUGUGACAAUCUA